AUUAACAAUGUAAUAUUUAAAUGUUUCAGAAAAAAUGACAUUAGAAACAUCAUAAGGACUUCACACUGCUCCUAGGGCUGGAAACGAGGUUCAGUUUUUUUUUAAGCUAAAACCUGCACCUGGAGAUAAAAAAUCGUGAACCAAGAUGGAUUACCUCUCCGGAGUUAUACAAAAUGUUUCAAAGUUUGCUGCAAACAUUAAUACUUCAACUCUCUCAGGAGCUAUAGACAUUGUUUUUGUGAGGCAGCCAGAUGGAAGAUACCGAUCAACACCAUUUUUUAUCAAAUUCGGAAAAAUUGGUGUUCUCAAGGCCAAAGAAAAGGUUAUCUAUAUAGAGGUGAACGGGAAGGAGAUUGCAAGGACGAUGAUACUGGCGGAUAACGGGGUUGCAUAUUUUCAUGCUCCACAGGAUAAUCAGACCUCUAACCUAUCCGACCAGGAUCUGGAGCAGAGUAGUGGGACCAGGAGAGUAAGACACAAGAGUGAGCCUAGCGAGUGUUCUACCCCGGAAUCUGAAACACUAAAAGUUCUCUCCAUUGCCAGCAGAGCUCUUUCCAACCCCAACCUAGAGAAUGAGGAGGACCAGGCAUUGGAGCUGGCAGGACUAACCAGGACUAUCUCCGACCCGUCCCUGGAGGAGGAGGAGUGUAACAUAAACGAGCUGAACCUCACGGAGGAGGAGCUGGAGGAGUUCAAUCUUAAACUAGGAAUAAAUGAAGCUGAGUUCAGUGUAACAACACAAUAUCAAGGAACAACCCGGUGCUGCUGCAGUAUAUUUGUCUGGGAACAAAUAGAUAAAAUUAUCAUCAGUGAUAUUGAUGGAACCAUCACUAGAAGUGACGUCAGAGGGAUGAUUCUUCCACUCAUAGGUGUAGCAGAUUGGGCCCAAGAUGAAGUUACAGGACUAUAUUCUAAAAUCUGUGGGAACGGAUACAAGAUCCUUUAUCUCUCUGCCCGUUCCAUUAGUCAAGCCGGAGCUACACGAGACUACCUGAGAGGAUUACAACAAGGAUCCUUGAACCUUCCUCACGGACCCCUCUUCCUCAACCCAGAGUCUGUGUUCAGGGCCUUCAAGAAGGAGGUGAUAGAUCGGAAACCAGAAAUAUUCAAGAUCAGUUGCCUUAGAAGAUUGCAACGAUUAUUCUACAACGGGACUCCAUUCUUUGCUGGAUAUGGAAAUCGUCCCAAUGAUAUUAUUGCCUACGAGUCCGUUGGGAUUCCCAAAUCCAGGAUUUUUAUCAUCAAUAAGGUUGGAGAGCUCAAGGGUUCACUCAGUGAAACAAUGCAAACUAGUUACAAGACCCAGAGUAAACUAGUUGAUCUAUACUUCCCACCUAUUAACUCAGCAGGAACCGCUAUGGAUCUUAACUACUGGAGCUUACCAAUGCCAGACCUGCAUGAUCUACCCGAUCUAACCUAACCCAAGCCUUAACUAUCAGAUUCAAAAUGUUUAUUAUAUUUAAUGAAACGCUGAGAAAGCUGAAUGAAAUAAAAAGUUUUAUGUU